AUGGUAAUAUUUGUGGGGCAUUGCUAUUUGAACAAUAUUCCUGAUGUCUGCAAUAUCACCUUUCUUGUAGGAGAUUUGCACAAUUAUUGGUGGUGUUUGCCCAGUUUUCAUCUGAGUGGCACAGUAACUGAACCGUCCACGGCUUCUGAACCAGCAGUGACUUACAAAGUUGCAAUCAGUUUUGAUCGUUGCAAAAUCACCUCAGUGACAUGUGGCUGUGGGAACAAGGACAUAUUCUACUGCGCUCAUGUGGUAGCACUCUCACUCUACAGGAUCCGUAAACCAGACCAAGUCAAAUUGCGUCUUCCUAUCUCAGAAACCCUUUUCCAGAUGAAUAGGGACCAGCUACAAAAAUUUAUUCAAUAUUUAAUCACAGCACACCACACUGAAGUUCUUCCUACUGCACAGAAACUGGCAGAUGAAAUUCUGUCCUCCAACUCAGAAAUCAACCAAGUGAAUGGUGCCCCUGACCCCACAGCUGGGGCCAGCAUUGAUGAUGAGAACUGCUGGCAUUUGGAUGAAGAACAAGUGAAAGAACAAGUGAAACUUUUUCUUUCACAGGGAGGUUACUAUGGCUCUGGAAAGCAACUAAACUCAAUGUUUGCCAAGGUUCGAGAAAUGCUGCGGAUGAGAGAUUCCAAUGGAGCCAGGAUGUUGACACUUAUAACUGAGCAGUUUAUGGCUGACCCACGACUCACACUCUGGAGGCAGCAAGGAACAAGCAUGACAGACAAGUGCAGGCAGCUCUGGGAUGAGCUAGGGGCUUUAUGGGUGUGCAUAAUUUUAAAUCCACACUGCAAACUGGAGGAAAAAUCCUGUUGGCUACAGCAGCUGCAGAAGUGGAGUGACUUGGAUGUCUGUCCCCUGGAGGAUGGUAACUAUGGACAUGAGCUUCCCAACAUCACGAAUGCACUUCCCCAGAAUGCCAGUCACAGCCCAGACUCCUUAUCCAGACCAAGACGAACAGUGUUCACUAGAGCCAUUGAGGGCCGAGAAUUACAUUGGCAAGACAGCCACCUACAGCGAAUAAUCAGCAGUGAUAUUUAUACAGCUCCUGCCUGCCAACGGGAAAGUGAGAGACUACUCUUUAAUUCCCAAGGCCAGCCACUGUGGCUUGAGCAUGUGCCUACAGCCUGUGCUCGGGUGGAUGCCCUGCGUUCCCAUGGUUAUCCAAAAGAGGCCCUCAGACUCACAGUGGCCAUUAUUAAUACUCUGAGGUUGCAGCAACAACGGCAGCUGGAAAUCUACAAGCAUCAGAAGAAAGAUUUGUUGCAGAGAGGAAUCACAACCAUCACAAACCUAGAAGGCUGGGUUGGCCACCCCCUGGAUCCCAUUGGCUGCUUGUUUCUCACUUUGACUGAGGCCUGCCGCCUGAAUGAUGAUGGCUAUCUAGAUGUGUCAGAUAUGAAUGAAAGCAGACCCCCUGUGUACCAGCAUGUUCCUGUGGCUGCAGGCUGCUCAAACAGCAGUGAGUCCUACCUUUCAUUGGCCCUGGAAGUUGCUCUGAUGGGCAUGGGCCAACAAAGGGUAAUGCCUGAAGGCCUCUACGCACAGGACAAGGUGUGCCGUAAUGAGGAGCAGCUCCUGAGCCAACUCCAGGAGCUGCAGCUGGAUGAUGAGCUAGUGCAAACACUGCAAAAGCAGUGCAUUUUACUGCUGGAAGGAGGCCCCUUCAGUGGCCUAGGAGAAGUCAUCCACCGAGAAAGUGUUCCCAUGCAUACCUUUGCAAAGUAUUUGUUCUCAGCUCUGCUGCCCCAUGAUCCAGACCUGUCCUAUAAAUUAGCCUUACGUGCCAUAAGGUUACCUGUUCUAGAAAACUCAGCUUCUGCAGGCGACACUUCCCACCCUCACCAUAUGGUGUCUGUGGUGCCCAGCCGUUAUCCUCGCUGGUUCACACUUGGACACUUGGAAUCACAGCAGUGUGAACUGGCCUCCACCAUGCUGACUGCUGCCAAAGGAGACACUCUGAGACUCCGAACAAUUCUGGAAGCAGUACAGAAGCACAUCCAUUCUUCUUCCCUCAUCUUCAAACUGGCCCAAGAUGCAUUCAAGAUUGCUACUCCCACGGACAGUAGUACUGACAGCACUCUGCUCAAUGUGGCCCUGGAACUUGGGUUACAGGUAAUGCGGAUGACCUUAUCAACCCUUAACUGGAGGCGCCGGGAGAUGGUACGAUGGUUGGUGACCUGUGCUACUGAAGUGGGUGUGCGGGCCCUGGUGAGCAUCUUGCAGAGCUGGUACACGCUCUUCACCCCCACUGAGGCUACUAGUAUCGUGGCUGCCACAGCUGUAUCCCACACCACUAUCCUGCGCCUCAGUCUUGACUAUCCACAGCGGGAGGAACUAGUGAGCUGUGCUCGUACCUUGGCCCUGCAGUGUGCUAUGAAGGAUCCACAGAGCUGUGCCCUGUCAGCCCUUACACUCUGUGAGAAAGACCACAUUGCCUUUGAGGCAGCCUACCAGAUUGCCAUUGAUGCUGCUGCCGGAGGUAUGACCCAUUCACAGCUGUUCACCAUCGCCCGCUACAUGGAGCUUCGUGGCUACCCGCUACGUGCCUUCAAGCUGGCCUCCCUGGCCAUGAGCCAUCUUAACCUGGCCUACAACCAGGACACCCACCCAGCCAUCAAUGAUGUGCUCUGGGCAUGUGCCCUCAGCCACUCUCUAGGCAAGAAUGAACUGGCAGCUCUCAUCCCCCUGGUGGUGAAGAGUGUACAUUGUGCCACAGUGCUUUCAGAUAUCCUGCGACGCUGCACUGUGACUGCACCUGGCUUGGCAGGCAUCCCAGGCCGCCGCAGCUCUGGAAAGCUCAUGUCCACUGACAAAGCUCCAUUGCGCCAGCUCCUGGAUGCCACCAUCAAUGCCUAUAUCAACACUACACACUCACGCCUGACACACAUCAGCCCCCGCCACUACGGAGAGUUCAUCGAGUUUCUGAGCAAGGCUCGGGAGACCUUUCUGCUGCCCCAGGAUGGCCACUUGCAAUUUGCCCAGUUCAUCGACAACCUCAAACAGAUCUACAAAGGCAAGAAAAAGUUGAUGCUGCUGGUGCGAGAGCGCUUUGGCUGAGAAAACAGAUAGCUCACUGUCAGGGCAGUCUGGGCUCCCAGGUCCAUCAGGCCAGGCCAAGGACAUUGAAACAUUUGUCCACCCCUGGAGGACUCAGCACCUGUGGCUGAGGCCAGAGAACCGCAGGGCUAAGGAUGAGGAGAGUCCCACUCUUGCCAAUAUACCUGCCUCGGCAAGCUUCUCACUACAGCCCUGACCUGUUUCUGGAGGAGCCGGGCCCUGCAUAUCGAUCAGAAACUCCACAACACACCACCUCAUGCCCUAUAUCCUGCAUGUCCUGGGCAUUGGCCCCCUCUCCCUUGGCAAACACAGAACACUGUUCCGUCUCAGGGAUUGCUUAACCAGAGAAACAGAAGCAUUUAUGGUACUGUAAAUACUAUAGUAUAUGUGUUGCCAAUUAUUGUAAAGUUGUAACUAUUUAUAAUUCUGGUUCUGAUUUGUUGGGCACUUGAAGUAGCUGUGGGUGGGAGGAUAUGCUUGUUUUCUGAGGAGACUCACAACCAUUUCUCAGGUUUCCUUUGCAGAGUGUAUGCUAUUGGCAGUGGAAGAGUGAGGGUGCCAAGGAGAAAAAUGGCCAGUUAGAAUAGUCUAGUCUAUGCAGAAACCCCAGCCUACAGACAUGGCAUUGUAACCCAGUGGUGGCUGAGGAGCAGAGGCUAGGACUGGACUUAGACUUUUGUUUCGUGAAGCUAUGAGGACACGAAGCUCCUGCUCCUGCAUCACACAUCCUCUUCAGGAGCCUGCUGAACACCUGAGAACAAGUGCAGGGAGAAGGUGAAGGUCUGGGAAGCUGCUGAGUUCAUAAUAUUCACCUGUGCCCAUCGCCUUUGUGUUAGUGUCUGAUUUCAUCUGUAAUUAUGUGUAUCUGUUUGGCUAAGUACGUAUGUCUGUGUGCAUAAAUGUAUCUGUGCAUGCCUGUCUGUAUGUACUCAGGUAUAUUUAUGUGUAUCUGUGUUGGUUCUGUGUCUGUGUACCUGUGUGAAUAUGUGUGUACUGGACUGUGGAUUUCUGUGUGAGGGUAUACACAUUUGCAUACCUAUGAGAAUGAAUACACAUACACGAGUGCAUGUGUAGAAACAUGUUUGUGUCUAUGUAUCUGCCAGUUAUCCAUGCAUCUGUGUGUCUUUAUAUGUGUAACUGAGCAUUUUUCUACAUGUAUUUAUGUCUGUGUAUUCAUAUGUUUGAGGAUCUACAUGAAUGUGUCCCUUCUCUUUUUGCCAGACCUCUCCUUCCCAUUCCUCUUAGUCUCUCUCACCAGCUAAUCAUUUGUUCCCCAUCUCUGUUCCUCCUGUGUUUACCAUUCUCUUGCCAACCUUCUAAGCACCAGUUUCCUUCUACCUUAAGACUAGCUGCUUCAGCUCCACAGUUCUCUUCUCGCGCCAUACUUACUGUCUUCCUUUGCCUUUCUACCUCAAGCUUCCUCUGCCUGCUUUUAUCGUAGUCUCAUUGCUGAUUUGGAGGCCGGGCUGGUAUGCACUUGGCCUUUCCCUUCCUAUUUCUAGCCCUAGUGGGCAGCCCCUGUCUUAGCCUGACUGACCUCCACAGUGUAUCUUGUUCCUGAUACCUUCCUGACACCUAUGCUCAACCUGGAAUUAUUAUAGGAGGUAGCAAGGGUAUUCAAAAGUCAGUUAGAUACCAGUGUCUUGGUGUUUACUGCUUUAUGUCUUAGUUCCUGAGUUGGGGGUAGGGUUUGAUAGGGAAGGGGUGGUAUAGGUAGGGUGCGAACUAAGGACCUGUUUUAUUUUUCUUUCUUUGACAAACUGUUUAUGUCACCUUUCUACUCCAAACUGACUGAGAGGUUGUAUUUGCUAUCUGUGGCUACUAAAAUCUUCCUGUCCAGCCAAGGGCCCCUAUAAGACCUCAGCCCAAUGGGUUGGUAAAAAAGUGAAGCCUCUUCCAUUUCUGCAUCACAGUUGCCCUUUUUUUAGCAGGUAUGUGAACUCACAGUGCUUUUCUAUGAAUAAAUCAUGGAUCACAGAAAGGAUCAUUUUUCUAAUAGCAGA